UUUUUUUUUUAUUAUUAUUAUUAUUUAUCAUUAUGCUUCGAGUUUCUUCUAUUCUUCAAUUACAAACUAUAUGGGAAAGUUUACCUUCUCAAUCAAUCUCAUCCAAUGUCAGUGUAAAAGAUAUUAUUGAUACUACUAUUGUUAAUUCAUUGGAAGAAACAUCAUCACCACAAUCAUCUUCUUCUAUAAAAUCAUCAUUAUCAUCAUCAUCAUCAUCAUCUUUACCAGCAUCUCCAUCUGUGCAUAGUUGUGAUGCGAGUACCUCUCAUCCUUUGGUGGUACCUGAACCUGUCAACUCCGCUGCAUUGUUGUUAUCUGUACCAGAGAUUGAUCAAGAAAAACAAAAGGAAUCAUCAUCAUUACCAUCCUCUUCUACCAAAGUUGAUCCAAGACAAAAUAAUAAACAAUCAAAAUCAACUCCAACUGAUAUACCUCCUCUACCAACAAAGAAAAUCACGCCUCCACCUGUGCCUGCCAAAGAUGAUAAAAAAUAUCUUAUGAAAAUCAAUAACAAAAUCGGAGACAUGAAUAAAGUUCAUGAUGCAAAAGAAAAUCCUCGCUUUUUGGCGUCCCGAACGGUCCAUACACCUCCUGCUUCUAUACAUUCAUUUGCCAUUGCUCCUACCAAUCAAUUGAUCUCUGGUGCCAACAAGGCUUUACGUCGUGAAUCAUCCAAAUUGAAUUUGAGAAGAAAAAGUUUAUCCAAGAAAUUGAAAAAGGCUGUCUCCAAUAUCAAGUUGAAUGCAAAUGAAUCCUCCAAUACUAUCAUCCAUUAACUUCUUUUCAUCCCCUUCUCAAGAUUAAUAGAGAAAAGAAGAUGGAAGGGGAAUCAAUCAUCUCCCGUUUUCAUCUUUAACAUUUUUUUUUUAUUUGUCGUACUAUUACAUUUAAGUUCUAUUAUCAUUAUUAUUAUUUACUAUUAUCUAUCCAUCAAACUCCAAUCACAAAAUUUUUAUUUAUAUAUAUAUAUACAAUAAAGGCAACUUUUUUUUUAUAUUAAAAAUUC